CUGCACGACCCAGGACCAUGGGGAGGAAGAAAAUCCAGAUCUCGCGCAUCCUGGACCAGAGGAACCGCCAGGUGACCUUCACCAAGCGGAAGUUCGGGCUGAUGAAGAAGGCAUACGAGCUGAGCGUGCUGUGCGACUGCGAGAUCGCGCUCAUCAUCUUCAACGGCGCCAACCGCCUCUUCCAGUACGCGAGCACCGACAUGGACCGCGUGCUGCUCAAGUACACCGAGUACAGCGAGCCGCACGAGAGCCGCACCAACGCCGACAUCCUCGAGACAUUGAAGCGGAGGGGCGUGGGGCUCGAUGGGCCUGAGCUGGAGCCAGAGGGCGGCCCCGAGGGACAAGGAGAGAAACUGCGGAGGCUCACAGGGGAUGGAGGCGAUCCAGCCCUUCCCCUACCCCGGCUCUACCCGGCUGCGCCCAUGAUGCCAAGCCCGGACAUUGUGUACGGGGCUCUGCCACCUCCAGGCUGCGACCCCAGUGGGCAUGGGGAGGCACUGCCCGCCCAGAGCCGGCCAUCUCCCUUCCGACCAGCUGCCCCCAAAGCCGGGCCCCCAGGCCUGGGACACCCCCUCUUCUCCCCAAGCCACCUGUCCAGCAAGACACCACCACCCCUGUACCUGACCGCGGAUGGGCGGAGGCCGGACCUACCCGGUGGCCUGGCGGGGGCCCGAGGCGCGCUGAGCGCCCCGAGAAGCCUCUACGGAAGCCUGCAGAGCCCAAGCACCACAGCCACCCCGGGACCCCCGCUGGGGGGCUUCCCUUUCCUUCCCCCAGGCCCCCCAGAGUACAGCCUGGGGGACCCCCCACCGCCCCCGGGCCUGCUGCAGCCCCCUGCCCUGGUCCCCUGGCAGGCAUCGAGAGGGGACCGACCCCCGGCCGUCCCUGCGCAGUCCAGCGGGGUGCGCAGCCUGGGAGAGGGGGACGCCUCUCCACCUCCAGUCAGCGUCAAGUCAGAGCGCCUGUCACCUGCCCCCGCGGGCCCAGGCGAGGCCACCAAGUCCUUCCCGUUCCCGCUGCUCCUGCGGCCUGGGCCACUGUGCCGCCUGCCCCCUGCCGACGGGUGGCCGCGGUAG